GCUGGCGGAAACAACGAGUCUUUGUCAGAGACACAGCAGAGAGCUAUGGAGGAGGCGAAGAGAGUGCGGGAACUGUUGGUGUCUACCAAGGCAGUGUCCUCUGAGUACCAUUCUGGGGAGUUUUUGCGAAAAGAAAUUGAUGUGAUCCGACUGGCAGACGCACUGUUUAUCCAACAGGGCUUUCCUUUUGAGAAAGAGUUCUUGGAAAAGAUGCAGGGGCAGCUGAGUGUUCAUCUUGAAGCAGCGAUUGGAAGGGAUACGUAA